CUGAUCACAUGACGGUGACAUCAUCGCAGGUCCUGUAAGCACACGGCUUCUCUACAGAUACAGGUUUCUCCAAUCCAGGAUCCUCUGCUGAUAUCUUCUAUAUAAGAGAAUUCUCCUGGAUGACCCAUCAACCAUGGAGAGAGACAGGAACAAGAUGGCCGACAGGAUCAUAAACCUCACCCUACAGAUACUCUUCCGGCUUACUGGAGAGGAUUACACAGUAGUGAAGAAGUCCUCUAGUGGGCGCUGUCGGGCCCCUGUGUGUGAAGGAUGGGGAAGAACCCUGAGCCCAAUCCCGGGGCCCCCACCUCACUCCCUGAUACAUGAGGAAAUGGAUGAACAGAAGAUCCUAGAACUCAUUAACAAGAUGAUGGAGCUGCUGACUGGAGAGGUUCCUAUAAGGUGUCAGGACGUGGCGGUCUAUUUCUCCAUGGAGGAGUGGGAGUAUGUAGAAGGACACAAGGAUCAGUACAAGGAUCAGGUCAUGAUGGAGGAUCAGCAGCCCCUCACAUCACCAGUCAGAUCCAGUAAGAGAACAGCACCAGAGAGGUGUCCCCGUCCUCUUCUUCCACAGGAUGAUCAGGGAGAAGAUCCGAACAAUAUUAAUGCUCCAGAGACAGAUGUGAGCGGUGAUGAGCAGUAUAAGGAGAACAUUCCUACAGGGAAAGAUCUGAUCUAUAUUACUGCUACAGACAUAAAGGAAGAAGAAGAAGAGACAGAUGUGAGUGGUGAUGAGCAGUAUAAGGAUGACAUUCCUACAGGAAAAGAUCUGAUCUAUAUUAAUACUACAGACAUAAAGAAAGAAGAAGAGACAGAUAUGAGCAGUGAUGAGCAGUAUAAGGAGGACAUUCCUACAGAUUCUUGUAGCAGGAGAUCAGAGGAGAAUCUUAUAUCUUCAGAUUAUAAAGCAGAUGAUGAUAUCACACAAGAUACAUAUGAAGAACAUUCCAUUAUCCCAGAUGCACCCUCAGCCCUUCACAGCCAAGAUCUGUCAUCUCAUCCUUAUAUACAGGUCCUGUCUUCUCAGUCAUCACAGGAUGUUCAGCAAAAAAACGGUCACAGAAGGGGUGUUGGACAUCAACGAGCUCAUACAGGAAAGAAACCAUAUUCAUGCUCAGAAUGUGGGAAAUGUUUUAGUUUUAAAUCAGGUCUUGUUACACAUCAAAGAACUCACACAGGAGAGAAGCCAUUUUCAUGUUCAGAAUGUGGGAAAUGUUUUAAUCAGAAAUCAAUUCUUGUUGUACAUAAAAGAACUCACACAGGAGAGAAGCCAUUUUCAUGUUCAGAAUGUGGGAAAUGUUUUGCUUUUCAAUCAGGUCUUGUUAGACAUCAAAGAACUCACACAGGAGAGAAGCCGUUUUCAUGUUCAGAAUGUGGGAAAUGUUUUACUUUUCAAUCAAGUCUUGUUCAACAUCAAAGAACUCACACAGGAGAGAAGCCAUUUUCAUGUUCAAAAUGUGGGAAAUGUUUUACUCAGAAACCGCAUCUUGUUGUACAUCAAAUAACUCACACAGGAGAGAAGCCAUUUUCAUGUUCAAAAUGUGGGAAAUGUUUUACUAAGAAAUCAAGUCUUCAUCAGCAUCAAAGAAAAGAACUCACACAGGGGAGAAGUCAAUUCAGAGGAAUAAUUGAUGCAGAUAACACAUCUAUAAAUUAUCCAGGUACAUAGGAUAUCUGACAUUUAUACAUAUAUCAUAUACUGCAUCUCCAAACUUGUUACCAAUGGUUAAUAAAAGUUUUCUCUCUUAUAUGAUUUAUUAUUCUUAUAUUCAUCUCCGCACACUGGACUUAUAAUAAAUGUAAUAUUGUCCCUGACGUUGUAUAUAGGGAAUGUAACGCGUCAGUGUUGUCCCCGCCCCCUUCUCAUUAUGAUUAUAGAGACUUUAAUUCAAGGCAUCAGACAGGAUCCGCGCGUCUCCCUUGAAGAUCGUCUCUUCUGAACAUAAGACGCUGCAGAUACUUUUAUUUAUCACAAACCCUAGACCAGCGUUUCCCGUCUUGACGUCUAUUUUCGGUCUCAGAUCAUAAAAUCCAUUUUUCUAUAUGAGAAGUCGUCAAUAUGUCAGCGUCCCCCGGGUUCAGUAAACAUCGGUGUAAUUCUUUUCCUUUUCUUUGUCCUCCCCGGGGUAUAAAAUCCCUAGAGAUCUGAUCACAUCUGGUACAAGAUCUCUUUACUUCACACUUUGCGCCAUUAUUACACGGAUUGAAGACCCAGUUACACGCUCGUAAAUUCCCAUCUAUGUCGUGGAUUGGAAGGAAAAAGGUUCUUUAUUCUUUUACAUAAACAAUUGCAUAACAAAUACAAAGUAAUAAAGUUUACCUCUUCAAGAAGUUGCUCAAAA